AUGCUUCUUGGAGAUUGUCGAGGAAGCCAUCUGGACGUAAUCCUGAACGAUCCACGGUUUCCUGGUGUUGAUAGGCGCCAAACGCUUUUGUUCAGCGCAACUUUUCCCUCAGAUGUCACACAACUAGCAAACAAAGUUUUGAAGAAGAAUUAUGUGAAAGUUUCGAACGGCGCUAGAGGUCGCGCGAACACUCGUGUAAAACAGGUAUUCGUCCAAGCCGAAGGUAUUUGUGAAAAGAAUGACAAGCUAUUUGCAAUGCUUGAAGAACAAAGGGAUAGGCUAGCAAAAGAUGGGGCUGAAUGGCGAACGUUAGUCUUUGUUGGAACGAAAAAACAUUCUGAUUUCCUCGCAUUUAGUCUCGCAGACAAGGGCAUCAAGGCGGCCAGUAUUAAUGGGUGA